GUCUUUGUUACAAAUGCCAAGACUGGCUUCUUGAGGCCAUGGAUACGUGGCUAAAAUUUGCAUCAUGAAUCAUCUUUCAAUGUCCCAAACUUGCAUCGAGAUCAUGAUGUUAGAAUUAUCGUAUCAUGUAUCGUGAGUUUAAAGUUUGUCGGCUUCUUGGUGUUUUCCGUACUCAAGAUCUCGGCCGAAAGACGGACUUUGGUCUUGAUCAUGUGACGAGGUCAGGCAGUCAUCAGUGGCGACCAUCUAGUCUGCACAUUUGACGUCUCCAUGAUGCUUCAUUUGGCGAAUAUUUUUGCGAUUCCCUUUCUUUAUCGCCACAAAAUAUAUUUUAAGCCCAAAAAACCUUUGUAGGUAGUUUUACGCUGAUCUGGGUCGCUGCUCAUCAAGGUCCCCAACCAAAAGGUGUCCACUGAAAGCGCCCUAAUUGAUAAUCUCGAACUGAGUCACCAACGUCGCAAAAACUCUGAGUUUCAUCUCACAAAUAAAUUCGCGACUGGCAGAAUAUUACUAUGGGACGUACAGAGCCAUCUAUCGGCCGACCACCAGCGGCUUUUCGCAAAGAUGCACGCUCCAAAAAGGCCAAAGCCACCAUCAACAAGGUCAUCCCCAGCCUCCUCCCUGGGUAUCCCGGUGCUCAGAAAGGAAUCAAUUCAGCAGAGCUCAUACCUUUUAUGAACACUACAGUCUUGCCUGAAGCAUAUGGGAAACUCUUGAAGAAACAUGAGGACAAGGGUGAUGCAGCAACAAAGGGCAAAGCUACAGUUGGCGCUGAGGAUCCCCAUGAGAGCUUGGAAAAGCUUAACACACCAAGAAUCUCAAUCAGGGAAGUCGACACGCUUACUGCUGCAAGAGAUCUUCUUGAUAUUGAGACACCGGCGGGCGUCAAAACAGAUCUUGGUAAUACUAGAGCUCAUGUGACAAUCUUGAACAUGGGUUCGCCUCUGAAUCCUGGAGGUGGAUUUCUCAAUGGUGCGAAUAGUCAAGAGGAGUCAUUGUGUAUGCGCACUACGCUAUAUCCCUCUCUCAAGGACGAGUGGUACCGACUCCCCGAACUUUCUUCGAUUUGGACUCCGAUGGUGUUGGUCUUCAGAGAUGAAGACGGGAAUGAUCUGGACAAGAAGGAUCGAUUCUAUGUCGACUGCAUCACAGCUGCAAUGAUCCGCGGCCCGGAAUUCGAGCUUGACGAGGACGGAGUAGCAUCAUACGCCAACAAGAAGGAUCGUGAUACGGCGCAAGCCAAGAUGAGGGCUGUUAUGCGAAUCGCUAUGGUCAAAAAGUCCAAACGACUUGUACUUGGAGCUUGGGGCUGCGGCGCGCACGGAAACCCCGUCGGUGAAAUAGCAAGGAUCUGGAAAUCUGUUCUAACUCCAAGAUGCGAUAAGUCAAAGCCGCUAAAGGAGAGAUGGGAAUACGUUGAUGAGAUUGUGUUUGCGAUCAAGGAUCACAAUAUGGCGCAGGCUUUUGCGGAAGCUUGGGGUGACGGUCUUGAACGGCAAGACGAAGAGAAGAACGAGAUUAAAGAGGAGGAUGAGGAAGAUGCUGGGGUAGUUGAUCUGGCUGAUAUCAAAACGCAAGAGUUGAAAGAUAAGAUCAGGGAGCUGGAGCAGAGGAUCCAGAAGGUGAAUAACCCGAAGGUGUCGGAUGGCUUGAAGACUAUUCUUGAGGGACUGAAGAAACAGCUCCCGGAAGAGGAUGAAGUUUCGACUCAGGACAGUGAGUGGGAACAUGUCAAAGCUGAAGGCACCGGAUCUAGCUGAUCUGUCGAUCUGAACGUUGACGUGGUAUCGUUCCUCGUCAAAGCGCGUACGUCAAUGCAUGGAUCACUAGCAAAUAAACACCCAAACUUUCAUCAGAAUGGAGAACUGUCACCCAGGGUAGUAUCAACACCUGACUAGCAUGACAGGUAGAUCUCGGUAAUUUGAUAUCCGCAACCUCCGUCCGCAUCCCUCACCGUCUUCUACACCGACCUAACCAGAUGUAUCUAAUCACCAGACCAAUUAUCACAUGUAUCACGAUCUCCAUAGCUAUUCUUUCAUUUGAGAUCUUUCAUCUCGCUAGUCUAUCACUGGUUCGUGUUGAGUUGCAGUGCGGAGGUGAUCCCGCAGCCCGGACCCGUCUCCGCAUUCAGCUCAUGAUGGCGUUCAUUGGUCAUCACACUAUCGCGAACACUUUACCAA